GCACUGGAACAGGCGCUAAGAACUGCUCAAUGAUUGGCUGCGCGGUUAAUACUUAUGCUGCUGUGGUUGGCUGCAGUCUCUAAAAAGGAGUUGCCAGAGCAAGAGAUUUGAAGUCCAACUGCUGCUGCCGCUGCUGCUGGUUGUUGCUACUGUAUCUUACUUGUGAUGUUGGAUAUGGGAGAAAGGAAAGAAGUCAAAAUGAUUCCUAAAUCAUCGUUCACUAUAAACAGUCUGGUUCCCGAAGCCGUCCAAAGCGACAACCACAAUCAUCACCACCAACACCACCACAGAGCGGUGCAUGAGGAAGGGGAGAAGACUCCUUUACCUGUCCAAGCACAGGAGCAAAAGUCGGAGAACACUUGCGCUAAAAGUGACAAUUCAUCCCACGACUCCUCGUGCACGGACGAGAAGGAGAAGCAGGAAGAGAAACGGGACUCGAAAGAAGGCGAAGGAGGCAAAGAAGGCGACAAGAAAAACGGCAAGUACGAGAAACCACCUUUUAGCUACAACGCUUUGAUUAUGAUGGCUAUUCGGCAGAGUCCGGAGAAGCGAUUAACCCUUAACGGCAUUUACGAGUUCAUUAUGAAAAAUUUCCCGUAUUACCGGGAGAACAAGCAGGGAUGGCAGAAUUCCAUCAGACACAACUUGAGUUUGAACAAAUGUUUUGUUAAAGUGCCCCGGCACUACGAUGACCCCGGGAAGGGGAACUACUGGAUGCUUGAUCCCUCCAGCGACGACGUGUUCAUUGGCGGCACGACGGGCAAACUUCGGCGCAGAUCGACCACUUCUAGGGCAAAGCUGGCGUUUAAAAGGGGCGCGAGGCUUACUUCCACCGGACUGACAUUUAUGGAUAGAGCUGGCUCUUUAUAUUGGCCCAUGUCGCCGUUCCUCUCACUCCACCAUCCGAGGGCGAGCAGCGCGUUGGGUUACAACGGCACGUCCUCGGCUUACCCUAGUCACCCAAUGUCCUAUAGCACAAUGUUGACUCAAAACAGUUUGGGGAACAAUCACUCUUUCCCUGCCUCCAAUGGCUUGACUGUUGACAGACUCGUGAAUGGAGAGAUUCCGUACGCCACACACCACCUCACAGCGGCCGCUUUGGCCGCCUCUGUGCCAUGUGGGCUCUCCGUACCCUGCUCCGGGACGUACUCUUUGAAUCCGUGUUCAGUGAACCUACUGGCGGGCCAGACCAGUUAUUUCUUCCCCCACGUCCCUCACCCAUCCAUGGCCUCCCAGAGCAGCACAUCCAUGAGCUCCCGGGCCGCCUCUUCCUCCUCCCCGCAAACGGCCUCCUCUCUCCCGUGUGACUCCUUAAGGCCUUCCCUACCUAGUUUUUCCUCCGGUCUUUCCAGCGGACUUUCUGACUACUUCACACAUCCGAAUCUAGGGUCAACAUCAAAUCCACUUAUACACUAACUAGCAUCCACAGGAUCAGACUGUAAGUGAACAUUUUACACCAAUUUACACUGUAAUAUAUAUAAAUGAAAAAAAUUAAAGAGAAUGA